ACGACUCCCAUCAACCACGACUCCCUCCACCCUCCGCCCUCCGCCCUCCGCCCUCCACGCCACCAUGCAGCGCAGACAGAGCGCCCGAGGCGAAUGGAUCCCCACCGAGGGCCAGUGGCCAGUCGACCCCCAGCACCACGUCGACGUCUCGGACCAGCGCAUCUGGGUCGACGGCUGCUUCGACUUUGCCCACCACGGCCAUGCCGGCGCCAUGCUGCAGGCCCGCCAGCUCGGCCAAGAGCUCUACGUCGGCGUGCACUCGGACGAGGCCAUUCUCGAGAACAAGGGCCCCACGGUCAUGCGCCUGGACGAGCGGUAUUCAAUCUCGGUACGCUAUACCACCAAACUUCCCGCUGACAGUCAUAGUGUCACGGCCGUCGAGGCCUGCCGCUGGGCCACCAAAGCCAUUCCGCGAGCCCCCUACGUCACGUCGCUGCCCUGGAUCACCCACUACGGCUGCCAGUACGUCGUCCACGGCGAUGACAUCACCUCGGACAGCGACGGCCGCGACUGCUACCGCUACGUCAAGCAGGCCGGCCGCUUCAAGGUUGUCAAGCGCACUCCGGGCAUCUCGACGACCGACCUCGUUGGCCGCAUGCUGCUGUGCACAAAGUCGCACUUUAUCCCCUCGCUCGAAAAGAGGCUGUCGGGCGACGAAGGGCCCGGCGACGAGGCAGAGCGUACAAAGGCUGGCCAGGAAAUGCUGCAGCGCAUCAAGGACUAUGCCACGGAUGCCACUGGCCGCGCCCCGGGUUGCGAUGUGUGGUACUGGCAUGCCUCGCGUCCCGUCAAGCUGCGCAGAACCACCACCACCGCCACCGUAACCAGCCCCACCCGGCCCGGCGCGCAUCGCCAAGAAUCCCCCACUUCGCCCGUAGCACCCGUCAAGGAGGAAAAGGGCAAGUUCCACCAGCUCGUCCAGGGCAAGGGCGUCAAGCCAGGCCAGUCGGUCGUCUAUGUCGACGGAGGCUGGGAUCUCUUCUCGUCGGGCCACAUUGAAUUCCUCCGCUCCGUCACACAGGCCGAAGAGCAUCGCGCCAGGGACAAUGGAUGGUACACGGAAGAGGCCAAGAAGGAGCGCGUGGAGAAGACGGGCGACGACUAUGGCCCCGUCUUUUUGAUUGCGGGCGUCCACGACGACGAGGUUAUCAACCACUGGAAAGGCAUCAACUACCCCAUCAUGAACAUUUUUGAGCGCGGCCUGUGCGUUUUGCAGUGCAAGUACGUCCAUGCCACCAUCUUCGGCUCGCCCUUCUCCCUCAGCAAGGCCUUCCUCCAGGCACUGCCCUACUCGGAGCCCCUCACCGUCUACCACGGCAAAACCACCUUUAUGCCCCUCCAGUUCGACCCCUAUGCCGUCCCCAAGUCGAUGAACAUUUACCGUGAGAUUGCCGACCAUGGCUUCCAAAACGUCAAUGCCGCCGAGAUUGUAGCCAGAAUCAUGAAGGGCCGAGCACUAUACGAAGAGCGACAGCGCAAGAAGGGUGAAAAGGGCAUUACCGAGGACGCUGAGAAGCUCCGGCAAGAAAUGGAGAGGGAGCAGAAGAGAAGGGAGGUUGAGGGUCAGUUUGGUCUAUAGUAGACGUGGGCCAAGAUAGAGCGUAUGCUAUCGUGGUUAAUAAACCACAGCUAUAUCCUACCUCACUUUCACUUUGGUGUUCAAAGUUGCGAAUCAUGUUGCACUGUAUAUAGCACUCCUCCA